GUGACCAACCCGGAAGUAACCGCGGUUUGAAAAGAGGAACUUCUUCGAGUUGGUUUCUACAGACCAAAGGAACUUCACAGUCUUCCCUAGAACACUUUAAGAGAAUGCAGGAAAUCUGCAUCAGAAUGGACUACUAGUAAAUCUGGCCCAGCAGACUUAGGACAUCACCAGGAUACACCAGUGUGUUUCACAACAUCAGAACUACAGCAGAAAAACUCAUGGAGGAGAAAGAACAGGAGCUGAGAGAAGCCGCCAGGCGAGGUGAUGAGGACAAAGUUAAACAGCUCCUGGCCGAGGGAGUCAAUGUCAAUGCUGCCAACAACGGCGCAUGGACAGCUCUCCACAAAGCAUCCGAGAACGGCCACACAGGAACUGUACAGGCUUUACUCACAGCUGGAGCGGCAAUCGAUGCACGAAGCAACUCCCUUUGGAAAUGGACUGCUCUCCACUCUGCAUCCGAGCACGGCCACACAGGAACUGUACAGGCUUUACUCACAGCUGGAGCGACAGUCGAUGCACCGGACAGCGGGAGAAGGACUGCUCUCGACCAUGCAUCCAAGCACGGCCACACAGGAACUGUACAGGCUUUACUCACAGCUGGAGCAACAGUCGAUACACGAAACAAUGAGAAUGAGACUCCCCUUCAUGCAGCAGCAAGGAGAGGACACCCCGAGUGUGUCAGAGUACUGCUGAGGGCUGGAGCCAACACUGUUAUUAGGAACAGUGAUAAGGAGACAGCAGAAGACCUUGCAGUACAAGAAGAUGUGCAGCAGGUGUUCCAGUUGUUUAAAGCUCUCCAAAAACCUGAAAAGGUUGAUGGCUUGCUCACUAUUGACCUCAGUGACAAAGGACUGACCUCCGUGCCAGCCGAGGUGUUUGACAUCAGAGAUGUUGAACAUCUUGUCCUGUCUAACAACAGGCUGAAGAGCAUACCUGAGGAGAUAGGGCAACUACAGAAGCUUCAGAGGCUUGAACUUGACAAUAACCUGCUGACACAACUGCCCCAGGCAAUCACCACUCUACCUAACCUACAGGUCAUUGACUUGUCAGACAACAAGUUGGAGACAUUGCCUGAUGGAUUCUCCAGGUUAAAACAACUUCGGGAUCUCUACAUCCAGUAUAAUGCAUUCAAAGAGAUACCAGAGGAAGUCUGGUCACUUCACCUCAUCAAGUUCUUGGACAUCGGAGGCAACCCCCUCAAGUGUCUCCCUGACAAGAUAUCUCAGCUCACAGGACUGACACAGCUUUUUAUCAAUGAUUGUCAGUUUGAUGAGUUCCCCAGACAGGUGCUGCAGCUGGAGGGUCUAAAGAAGCUACACUUGGGGAACUGGGCUGGGGAGGGCAAACCUUCACUUGUACCUGAAGACAUCGGCAGACUGAAGAACCUACAAAUCUUAGGUCUGCAGAAUAGUGGCCUGGAGUCACUGCCAGAAUGUGUUGGAGAACUGGUGCAGCUGGAGGUUGUAGAUAUCUCUGGCAACAGAUUCACAUCAGUUCCUGAACAAAUCAUGAACCUGUCCAACAUCAGGAAGCUCCACUUAUCGGAUAACAGAAUUUCCCGCCUUCCCCUGACUCUGAGCCGAAUGGCCCGACUUGUGGAGAUGAACAUCGAAGACAACCCCCUGACAUAUCCCCCUCCUGAUGUCUGUAAGAAAGGCACAGCUGUCAUCAUGGACUUCCUCAGAAGAGAGAAAGGAAUAGAAUUGGGAAAACUGUUCUUCCUUUUCUCACAAAACGUGACACAAAGAGUUGAGGUGGAGGCUCUGGCCGCAGUAGCUGGACUUACAGCAAAUGAGAGGACCAAUAUUCUGGGUAAAGAUAUAAAUUGGACCUGCCAGGCCAACAACGUGCUGUUGAAGUGGAUUGAGAAAGACAGAGAAGCGUCCAUGGACAAGCUCCAGCGGGUACUGAGGGAGUGUGGCAUGAACCAACUGGCAGACAAGGCAGAUAGGCUUGAGGCCCAGCCAGUUAAGCGGCCGGCAGAUACAUCAGGCAGGCCACCAGCCAAGCGCCCGGCAGCCGGAGGGUCUUCUGGUGAGGGGCAUCAGGAGGACAAGCUGGCUCAGCUACGAGGAGGCCAGAAGUCAAGGAGUCAAGAUGGAGCUGAGCAUCCUGAGGUCACGUCUGUCCUGAUGGUUAACAAUGAGUACGGUGAGUCUCAUAGAGGUAGUUCUACCACAAACCGUCAGGUGGCACAGUUUCUGCAACAGCGUGGUGCUACAGUUCAUGCUACAGCUCUGCAAGCAUCUGAAGAUGACAAGAAGUGUGCCAAAGAGGAUGGUGUCAUUCUGCAUCUGCCUGUCCGCCAUCCCAGGGACCUGAGGCCACCUUGUCCUGACUGGUUGACUUUUGACCACAUUAUUCGUUACCCAGACAUACCACAGGAUCUGAAGUGCAUUGUGGGCCAUGCAAACGUCACAAGUGGAGCUGCAAAGAGCAUACAAGAGAACCACCGUGAAGAGGCAAAACUAGUUAUUUUCAACCACGACAUACCAGAAGAGACGGAGUAUUACAAGGGAGCUGAAAAAGCGCUGGCUGCAGGGAAGAAGACGGAAGACAUUCUCGAGGAUACCAAGAAUGCAGAUGCCGUGUUCUCCUUGGGAAAAAGGGUCUACGACUACUUCGAGAUGAAGUACAUGUCACUUGGAGAAAGCAAACCAGGACAACACUUCUUGUUUCUCCCAAGACCAUCCCCAGUGUUUGAAGCCAUCUCUAUUAGACCAGGAGGAGGACAGAAAGUCGUGCUGUCUGUUGGGAGAGUAACCAAAGUGGACAAGCUGAAAGGCCAUGACCUGGUAGCACGGGCAUUGGGAGAGGUCGCAGAGAAGAUCACAAACGUCAGUUUGCGUGUUCGCGGGAUAGAUGAAAAUGAUUGGGAAGCAAGCAAGAGAAUCCUGGAGGAGAACCUGCACAGUGGUAAGAUCAAACCCACACUACUGCCGUAUGGAACCCAGAAGGACAUUGCUGAGGACAUGCAGCAGGCCCACCUGGUCCUGAUGCCGUCCCGCGCCGAGCCGUUCGGACUGAUCGGUCUGGAGGCCAUCGCAGCAGGCAUCCCUGUACUCAUCUCUGACAAGUCCGGCCUGGCAGAUAUGAUCAAGGACUUGAUCAAGGAGAAGAAAUGCCCUGCAGAAAUGAGGCACAGGAUAGUGGAAACAAGCGUGAGGGAGUCCGACCUGGGUGAAGAUGCAAGAGAAUGGGCAAAGAAGAUCACAGACACCUUGGAAUACUCUGAGGAAGAAUUCAAGAAAGCAGCAGAGUACAAGAAGAAGCUGUUGGAGUCCAAGUACUGGGAAGAAUCACACCAAAACCUGCUGAGGGUCUGUGGAUUGAACAAAGAUGAGUAAACAGUCCUCCCCUACAGGCAUCCUGGUCAGGCCAUGAAGCAAUGAUCAAGGCUUUAAUCAAUGACGAGAAGUGUCAUCUGGACAUGAGACACUAGACCGUAAUAAAAACCACUGGAAAGGAGUCUGACCAAGAGAAAAGCUAUUGGCGGAGAAGAUCGUGGACAUGUUGAAUCACUCUAAUCAUGAAUUUGACAAAGAAGAAGAGUACAAGAAGCUCUUGGAGUCUAUAUUAUAUAUAUAUUAGUACUGGGAAUAAUCUCAACAAAACCUGCUGCCAUGUAUCAGAUUUUGUAUCACUGAUUUUGAUGCACAGACUUUUAAUGCCAUUUGUACUGUGUGUGUGCAUGUGCCAAAAGUACACUGAUUUUUUGCAUUACUUGACAGUGGCCUUAUAUAUUAGUUACCUGGACAUCAUAGCU